AUGCGCCCGCAAGCUGUGGCCUUCGCCGACGACCUGGAGGCGGGUUGGCGGCUGGCGGAGCGCAGCGCCGUGGCGGGCGCGGAAGAGAACGUGGACACCUCGGACGACGGGGCGAACGACGACGAGGACGAGCUGCCAGUCAAGGCGGGGAUCGACGUCGCGGCGGCGACGGAGGAGCCGGAGGGCUUCGGCAAGACGGAGGAUUCGGAGGAGGGCGUGAAGGACGUCGAGACGAUCGUCGUCGACGCGGACGUCGGCGGUGAGCCCGGCGGGAGCGCCUCGGGCGACCUUGGCGCUGCGGGGGGCUGGGGCUCAGUGGCGCCGACGUGCACGGCAACGGCGGGCUCGACGUGA